GAUUUGCCAUGCCCGUCGCCUUGGCUUCUCGCCGGCUGCAAUAAUAGGGCCGGAGCCCUCGGUCGUGGGUUCCCACCCACCAGACCCAACCCACCUCCACACCACACCACAUCACCUCACACCCCAAGGGUAGGGUUAGCCCAUCCCUUGUUGUUCUCUUCCUCCCUCACCUCAGCCCCCAAGAAGCUGAGACGAGCUGCGCAGCCGCCAAACAGCAACGUCGCAGCCGACGAGCCCCACCCACCCCACCAACCCCCGCUCCCCGCCCGCCGUCGACCAGGUUGGUGCCUGCCCGCCCGCCACUUAACCCGCCCGCCACCGCCAGCCAGUGAGUAGUACUACUAUUUCUUUGACCUGCGGGGAUGAAGAAGCUGUACCAGGGGAAGGGACGGCGGGUGCACCCGGCGCCGGCGCCGGCGCCGGGGCAGGACGCGUCCGCGGUGGCGCUCGCCAUGCUGCCGGCGACCCUGCUGGCGCUCGUGGCCGCGCUCACGGCCGAGGAGCAGGAGGUGCUGGCCUACCUGCUGUCGGGCGGGGCCGGCGGCGCGGCGGGGGGCGCGGGCGGGGGCCGGCGCCGGCGGCUCAACGGGCCGCACCAGCCGGAGAUGGGCUGCGGCUGCUUCGGCUGCUACAAGAGCUUCUGGGCCCGCUGGGACGCCUCCCCCAACCGCCACCUCAUCCACCGCAUCAUCGACGCCGUCGAGGAGGGGAACGGCGGGGGCGAGGGAGCAGCCAAAGGAUCCGCACCAGGGGGUGCCACGCGCCGCGGUCACCGCCGCCGGCGCCGUGGCCGCGGCAGGCCGUGCGCCGUCGACGCCGCCGCCGAGGAGCACGGAGCCGCGGAGGCCCACGUCGGCGUCCCGGACGAGCACCUGCACCCGCAAGGCUGCUGCGCGUCGGACGGCGGCGAGGACGGCGACUACGAGGGCGACGAGGACGACGGCGCGGACAGCCUCUACGGCGGCGAGGAGGCCCUGACGGACGACAGCGACUGCGCCGGCGCCAACAGCUCCGCCGAGAAGAGCGCCGUGGGCAAGCUGGUGCGCUUCAUCGGCGAGAAGGUGUGGGCCGCCUGGACCUGACCGGCAUCCCCCGCCGCCGCCGCCGCCGCUAGAACUUCUCGUAGAUUAGGUUGAAGCAAGAAUGGAGAGACCGCCAAGAUGGUCAGGUCAGGUCAGUGAAACCAGCAGUAGUACUAGCAGUUGGUUUUGUCCAAGCAAGCAAGAGCAUCCGCUCUAUGCCCCUUUUGAUUUCUUGCAACUCUGAUGAACGAGCAACCCCGAGGCUCCGGGUGGGGAUUAAGAGUCCAAAUCUCCCCACAUCCAGGCCUCCCAUGUACCAUAUUUUUGCUCAUUUGGUUCAACAAGAAACUUUCCCCA